GGCACACGGAAGAGCCCUGUCUAUGCGCUGAUUGGGCGAACACUAAGACCCGCCUCCCAACUUCCUCUCACCUCCUCAGAGGCUGCCAGAUUCUUCGCAGAGUUUGGUGUUUGUAGACGCCGCGCAGUGGUGUAUCGAGGAUGCCUCGUGGAAGCAGAAGCCGCACUUCCCGCGUGCCUUCUCCGGCCAGCCGGGCCCCUCAAAUGCGAGCAGCUCCCCGUCCUGUGCCCAGGCCGGCCCCAGCCGCCCAGACCCCAGUGGUGGCCCCAACGUCUGCAGUGGGCUCACCUGCUGCUGCACCCCGACAGCCGGGCCUUAUGGCCCAAAUGGCGACCACUGCCGCAGGCGUGGCGGUGGGCUCUGCCGUGGGGCACACGCUGGGCCAUGCAAUCACAGGAGGCUUCAGUGGGGGAGGCAGCGGUGAGCCCGCCAAGCCUGACAUCACUUACCAGGAGCCUCAGGGAUCCCAGCUGCAGCCUCUGAAGCAGCAGGAGACUGGUGGCCCUUGCUUAUUUGAGAUAAAGCAGUUUCUGGAGUGUGCACAGAACCAGCCCGACGUGAAGCUCUGCGAAGGUUUCAAUGAGGUGCUGCGGCAGUGCAGGAUUGCAAAUGGCCUCCUCUAAGCAGGAAGUCACCCGGAGGAACUGGGACAUGGACCUGACUGGGUUACUUUAGCACAGAAAUGUUAAUACUAGAAGAGGAAACCAUCCAGUUCCACCCUAUUGCUUCAGUGCUUCAGAAAGCCUUGGAAGAGGAUGUUCCAGCCAUACAGAUGGGCUAGAUUGGGGACACAUGUGCCCGUCUUAAGCAGAUGUUGUGAUAUUAGUUAAUUAGAAUAAAGUGAUAUUUGGUGGCGGUCA